AUGUUGCGUAUAUGUACCGGUAAAAGUGCUCAAAUUUGCCUGAAUUCUACUUUCAGAACCGCAAGAUUGAGGUCUGCAAACUAUCAAUUUGCAGGUGCCUCUUUUGUGCGCUUCAACUCCUCCAAUUCCUCUGAUCCACUCGUCUCAAAAUCGGAAAUUCAGACACAACUACCGUCAUUUGACGAGACUACAUCAUCUGCCGUGGAUGCUGGUUUGGCAGUCAGCGAUCAGAUAUCGCAGGUUGUCGGAGAAGCCUCGAGCCAUGUGGGAUAUCUCAGCAGUAUAGGCAUGGCCAAGUCGUGGUGGUGGCCACCUGAACUAAUUCAGAACAUCAUGGAGCAAAUUCAUGUGUAUUCAGGUCUACCUUGGUGGGGUACGAUUGCCACUACCACAAUUUUGGUGCGUCUUCUGAUGUUUCCUCUUUACGUCAAAUCGUCUGAUACCAUGGCGCGGAAUUCUAAAAUCAAGCCAGAAAUGGACGCCAUAAAUGCAGAGCUGAUGGCCGCUACUGAUAUGGUGGAGGGCCAACGCGUCGCAAUGAAAAGAAAGAAACUAAUGGCAGAUAAUGGUAUCAAGAACAGGUACUUAGCAGCUCCCAUUCUUCAGGUGCCGCUAGCCCUGGGCUUUUUUUCAGGCAUCAGGCAAAUGGCUAACUACCCUGUCGACGGCUUCACCAACCAAGGUAUAGCAUGGUUUUCUGAUUUAUCCUUGGCAGAUCCAUAUCUAGGAUUGCAAAUCAUCACCGCUUCUGUUUUCAUCUCGUUCACGAGGCUCGGUGGUGAAACGGGUGCCCAGCAAUUUUCGCCGAUGAUGAAAAAUGUCUUUACAGUUCUGCCUCUACUCUCGAUUCCAGCAACCAUGAAUCUCGCUUCAGGGGUGGUGUUGUAUUUUGCUGUUAAUGGAGCUUGCUCUGUUUUGCAAACUUUGACUUUGAGAAACAAGUGGUUCAGACAGAAAUUGAACAUUGCAGAGGUUGUUAAACAUGAACCAACACCUGGCGCGCCUGCGAAAGGCAUUAUUGAGACUUUCAAGGAAAAUAUGGAGAAGGCCAGGCAGCAGGCAGAAAGGAGACAGGCUAUGCAGGACAACGAGAAAAAAUUGCAAGCGUCUGCGAAAGAGCUCAAGAGCAAUAAGAAUAUUAAGAUUGUUCACAGAAGCGAUUUUAAAAAAUCCAGAAACUGA